AUGACGACUCUGUCCCUCAAUACUGUCGACAAUCGUGUCCAGGGCCGCCUGGCCUUCGUCACAGGAGCUAGUGGCGGCAUAGGUUCAGGCUGCGCCAAGGGCCUGGCCGCAGACGGCUGCGACGUAGCCCUGCAUUACUCGUCAAGCAAGGACAAGGCAGAGGCGCUGGCCUCGGAGCUGCAGGCGCAGUACCCGACGCAGCUCUUCGUAACCAUCUCCGCGGACCUGAGCUCGCGUGACGCGACGCGGUCUCUCGUCGCGCAUCUGCUGGCGCUGCCGGCCGUCGUCAAGGCCGGGCACACGGCCGUGUCGAUCCUGGUGGCCAAUGCAGGCCUCGGGCGACGCAUCCGCGACGUCCAGGACAUUGCCGAGGACGACUGGGACGAAGUCAUGGAGGUUAACGCGCGCAGCCAGUUUGUCGUGACCAAGGCCGCGGUCGAGGGCAUGCGCGCGCAGGGCUGGGGCCGCGUGAUCCUGGUCGGCAGCAUCGCGGGCCACGGCGGCGGCAUCAACGGCUGCCACUACGCGGCGUCCAAGGGCGCGCUCUGCUCGAUGGGCAAGAACCUGGCGACGGUGCUGGCGGCAGAGGGCAUCACGGUCAAUAUUGUGUCGCCGGCCAUGAUUGGGGCAACGGGCAUGAUUCCGACGCCCAAGUCGCGAACUUGGACCAAGGGCACGGAUAUCGAUGCACUCAAAGAGCAAGAUCCCGGUCUGGGCAUUGCAGCGAGUGUGCCGAUUCACCGUUUGGGGCUGCCAGAGGAGGUGGCCAGUGUCGUGUCCAUGUUCGCCAAGACGGGUUAUUUGACUGGUCAGGAUAUUGUGCUUGGGGGCGGCUUGAAAUAG